AAACGACAACUGACGCCAACCAUGAAAGAUCCAAGUCGCAGCAGUACUAGCCCAAGCAUCAUCAAUGAAGAUGUGAUUAUAAAUGGUCAUUCUCAUGAAGAUGACAAUCCAUUUGCAGAGUACAUGUGGAUGGAAAAUGAAGAGGAAUUCAACAGACAAAUAGAAGAGGAGUUAUGGGAAGAAGAAUUUAUUGAACGCUGUUUCCAAGAAAUGCUGGAAGAGGAAGAAGAACAUGAGUGGUUUAUUCCAGCUCGAGAUCUCCCCCAAACUAUGGACCAAAUCCAGGACCAAUUUAAUGACCUUGUUAUCAGCGAUGGCUCUUCUCUGGAAGAUCUUGUGGUCAAGAGCAAUCUGAAUCCAAAUGCAAAGGAGUUUGUUCCUGGGGUGAAGUACUAAAAUAUUUGAGUAGAUGGGGCCCUCUUUUGGUGGAUGUAGCACAAUUUCCACACUGUGAAGGCAGUAUUAGAAGACUUAAUUGUAAAAGCUCUCUCUUGUCACUGUGUUACACUUAUGCAUUGCCAAAGUUUUGUUAGUCUUGCAUGCUUAAUAAAAGUGCUGAGACUGUUAUUAAGUAAAAAGCUGUCAAACAUUUACUUAAAAUAGAAUUGUCCCCAUGGCUUGAUGUAAAGACAGCAAGGAAAGAAGCACCAGUCAAGCUGUGACAAAGUACCAAAUUAAAUGACCUCCAAAUCUUACGUAUGUCUUUUACUUGUUAAUAUUCAAAGUUUUCUUUAAAUGAGUACAUCUAAAUUAAGUCCAAAUGUUAAGAAAAUUUUGCAAUUCAAGCUUCAGUUUACAUUUAUCCCAUCCAAAAAAUCUCCUUUUUCUAGGACCAGCUAUUUAAUUUGAAGUAAUUUAUUAAAGAUACGUCUUUGAUGAGGUUACAAAGUAGUGAUGAGAACUUUUCCUGACUUUUGUGAUACAUUUUUGUGUUAGAAAUGUUGACUUCUCAUAAUACUAUAUCUGAGGAGAUGACAUGAUUUGAGAAUUUCAUCUUCUAAGGAGUACACUGCAUAAUAGCUGUGCCUGUGUGAAGUCCAACAUUUGACCAACUCAUAAUCCAAUUGAACAAAGAAAUUAUAAUAUUAUGAUUUGAGUGGUGCUUUUCCUUGCUUUGCUAACCAUCAUGAUAGUCUGCAGCACAACUUUUCUUUUAACAAAGCUAGAACAGUUUUGGCUUCUUAAACUUCAUAUUUGAGUAGGUUAAGCUGCCAUACGUGUUCAGUGUGAAUAGUGUUUAAGUUGAAAAUAUUGUAAAAAAAUUAUAUUUUUUCAAAAAUAUUUAAAAAAAUAAAUAAUAGUAGAACUGA